GCCACAGAUCAGGAGCAGCCUGGGCCUGACAUCGUGGACGAGCUGGGAGAGCCUUUGCCAGAGGACCUGGACGAGGGGCCCCUGCCGGAGACGGUCGUGCCCGGCCCGAGGCCGAUCGGGCUCGUGCCAGGCAGCGCCAAACGUGCCGACCGGGACUCGGACAGCGAUCCAGAGGGUGUCCCCCCGACGAUGAAGGACGCCAUCGAGGGGUCCUUCCGGCUCAAGAGACUUCUGAGCCGCGAGGAGAUCCCAGGCGUGUCCAAGAAGAGGCGCGUGGACGUCCAGCAGAGGACCCCGGCCGAGAAGUCCAAGAUCACACAGCUGCUGAACAGGUGGGGACUCAGCGGGGACGAGCUCACGAAGCACGUUCUGGAGAGCCUCACGCUGCAGGAGCUGGCCCAGCUGGCCCAGAGCGGCUACUCGCCCGACGUCAACAGCCAGUGGAAGGGUCCCUCCGAGCUGCUCCACAACCACAUCAACCAGGUGCGCGAGCAGAAGAGCCCCGGGGGAGGAGGCCCGCUGGACUACGUGUCCUGCUUCAGGCACCGGUGGAAGCUGGACAUCUCCGCGGAGAGGGUGCUGCGGACGCUGGGGCACAAGGACCUGAGGCACGUGCUGGCGAAUUUCGACGGCAAGAGGCCUCUGGAGGAG